GUACAGACAAAAAGCAUAGUGAGAGAAAAAAAAAGGCUGGACAGAAAGCUCAUUUGUUAGAGGGGGGGGGGGGGGGAAGGAGGGAGGCUGCGUAAUGACAGAUGCUUUACACUUCUGCACUUCGAUGCGACGCCUGAAGACAGAGCAACACGUGGAGGGACCUGGGUGCUGAUCAAUGAGGCAAGAUGUCGUAUCAGAGCAGAAAAUCUACAAGGUGCCAAAAGCCCACAGCGGGGUGAAUCACGGAGGAGGAAAAAUCGCAUUUCCGUUGGCAAGAUCUGAAUAUUAAAACUUCUGAAACCUAAGAGUGCCAUGUAACUGGGAUGGAUUGCAGUCUAAACAUUAACAGUUUAUCAGACCAUAUACUGCACUGAAAGAACAAACCCCUCCUCACCGUAAUGGAGAGCAUUGGCGCUCAAACAUUUCAGUUCCCACACUUCAAGCAGCGCUUCUGAUUCAAGCUUCCUGUUAGUGCACCAGGCAGCUUGUCUUGACGGUAAACAGUGAACAGCCACUGGCUUAAGAUGAACAAUACCACCCACAACUGUACAAGCACUGAAGAUCUCCGGACGUACCAGCACCAACUGUAUGCGGUGGUGUACAGUGUGAUCUUAGCUCCGGGACUGCUGGGAAAUGUGCUGGCGCUCUGGGUGUUCAAGGUUUACAUCAAAGAGACCAAGAAGGGGGUGGUGUUCAUGAUCAACCUGGCUGUGGCCGACCUACUGCAGGUGCUCUCGCUGCCUCUGCGGAUCUACUACUACCUAACCAACACCUGGCCCUUUGGUCACCCUCUCUGCAUGAUAUGCUUCUAUCUCAAGUACGUCAACAUGUACGCCUCCAUAUUCUUCUUGGUGUGCGUCAGCGUGCGUCGCUGUCAGCUCGUCAUGCGUCCGCUGAGGUUCAACUCGUCCAAGCAAAGAGGGGACUGUAUAAUAUGCGCUGUUGGCUGGCUGUCAGUCUGCCUGGGCUGCCUGCCCUUCCCUCUCCUGAGAAACUUCAGCAAUCUAACAAACGUUAAUUCAAGUCUCCUCCAAACAGAGGGAGUUCAUCAGUUGUGUUUCGCAGAGCUGCCCAUGAAGACUGUCUCUGUUCCAGCCGCCUUGGUGCUCCUGAUCCUAGCAGAGCUAGUGGGCUUUAUCAUUCCUCUCAUCCUAGUGUUAGGCUGCACCUUUCUGACUGCUGGCAGUCUUCGGGAUUCCACAGCGUGGGCAAUUCCUGACCGAGGGGAGAAGAGGAGGACGUUACGGGUGGUGCUUAGCUGUGCUCUGGUCUUCCUAGUGUGCUUUGCUCCUUACCAUGUCACCAUGCCCCUGGACUUCUUGGUUAAAGCUAAAGUCCUAGAAAACUGUGCCUUAAGGGGCCUGAUUCUGCGAUGUCACCCCGUCACACUUUGCCUUGCCAGCCUGAACUGCAGCCUGGACCCACUCAUGUACUAUUUCACAACUGAUGAAUUCUGGAGGCGACUGAGCAAGCCAGAAAUACCAGAGACUUUCAACAGGCGCCUCUCCUGUAUAACUGGGGGAGAGAAUACAGAGAACUAGAAACUCUCUUAUUGAUGAAGGACCAACAGCCACAACCACUGAACCCUGAGAUGAAUAUACACUUUUAAAUCUAAAGAUAGCUUACAUAGUUUAUGUGAAAACUGGUUAAGUGCAGGUUCUUGCUGCAUACCUUGAGAAUGGCCCCACCUCCCUCAACAGACUCUUUCGGGGCCCUAGCUUUAAGAGGACAUUCAUCAGGUUAGUUAGUUGGGAUUAGCACAUGACCUGCAAAAAUAACACAAAUACCUAAUAUUUCAAUAUAACUCAGUCUGAAAGUUGGAUACCGUGGAGUUAAGCAGCAAAUAAUGAUGUACUAACCUUAUAAGUUUGCCACUUUAGCUAGCUAUGUUUAUGUUGUUAGCAAUGUCAACGUUAGCUUAAAUGGAUACAUUAAACGUUUGGUAUCUUUUACUAGUGUGCUUUGUUUGACAUUAAAGUAGUGCGCUAACGUUCACAAACACACAAGGUUGGUAGCCUACACGUUAUUUGCUGCUUGACAAUACAUGAACUUUCUGGGUUAGUUUAAUCAAAAAUAUUAAGAUUGUACAUGUCUUCCGUAGUGUUAUUGGGGGAGGUUGUCCUUAAUGUCAUACUGUAAAACAUAUUCUCAGUACGAUUUUUCAUUUAUCGAUAAGCGUGACAAACAAAACACCCUGCAAUAAUAUGUAGUGGCAUGUUAAUUUUAUUUACUCAUGUUUGUGAUUACGUGAAUUUGGGUUCCAUUUCGAGGUGCCUGGCGUUCUGCCGAGGGACGCUGUUGCAAAUAAGGGAAGUUACAAACUAUUUUUCUAUUUAAUGAGAUGUCUGUUCUUUCCAAAUGUGUACCACAUUGUUGAAGAGUGAGUCGUUCCUGUUAUGAAGGAUGAACAUGUAAUUAGUGCCAACGUCAGGAAAUACAGAACACUGGCAAACCCUUAAACCACAUAAGUGUUUCAGUUUUAUGUAUUGUAGGAUAAGCUUACAGAUCGCAGUGGAGGGGCGUUGGUGCUGCUUUCAUUGAAGAUGGAAUAAUAAAGGGAACAAACUUAAUAUUCAGUAGGUAAAGAAAUGCAACUUUAUUCAGCAGCAAGGUGAAUUCAUUUCAGUAGCUGCACACAACAUUAUUUUGUAUCUAGUUCUCUAGCACUGUUAAACAGAAAACACAUUUGGACACACAUUUCCUGUCUGAUUGUCUUUCUGUGCAGGCAUUGAGUGGGAACAUUUGAAAAUCUCUUGAAGUAAUUUGGCAAAAGGCCAUUUUUUUUAAUACCUUCAAGCUUUUUCUUAAGGGCUUUCAAAAUGAAUGACAAUUUUUACAAACGUAUUCUUCCUGUCACAAAUUUGAACAUAUGGAGUUUUUAGAAAUGUGUAGCAACCUGUAGAGCUACAAAGGACUCAUGAAUAAGAAUUUAAAAACGGUCAUAAAGAAUACAUAUUUUUUUAAUUUGGUCAAUUCCCAUAUAGCUUAUUCACUUCUUUAACUCGUCAACAAUCCUUCAUGGUUUUUUGUCACAAAUAAAGUCUGUACACAAAGUCA